GUGGUCGGCGCGGUGGGUGCAGUUGCCCCGGUCCCGAGCACACAGCCCGUCGCCGCUCGCUUCCUUUUCCCUUUUUUCCUUCCCCUUCCCGCCUCGCCAAUGAAACUGGCCGCGAUGAUCAAGAAGAUGCGUCCCAGCGAGUCGGAGCCGAGCAUCCCGGCCAAGAACUGCUACCGCAUGGUCAUCCUGGGCUCCUCCAAGGUGGGCAAGACGGCCAUCGUGUCGCGCUUCCUCACGGGCCGCUUCGACGACGCCUACACGCCCACCAUCGAGGACUUCCACCGCAAGUUCUACUCCAUCCGCGGGGAGGUCUACCAGCUCGACAUCCUCGACACCUCCGGCAACCACCCCUUCCCCGCCAUGCGGCGCCUGUCCAUCCUCACAGGAGACGUCUUUAUCCUGGUGUUCAGCCUGGAUAACCGAGACUCCUUCGAGGAGGUGCAGCGCCUCAAGCAGCAGAUCCUGGAGACCAAGUCCUGCCUGAAGAACAAGACCAAGGAGAACGUGGAAGUGCCGCUGGUCAUCUGCGGCAACAAGGGCGACCGGGACUUCUACCGGGAGGUGGAGGCCCGGGAGAUCGAGCAGCUGGUGGGCGGCGACCCCAAGCGCUGCGCCUACUUCGAGAUCUCGGCCAAGAAGAACAGCAGCUUAGACCAGAUGUUCCGGGCCCUCUUCACCAUGGCCAAGCUGCCCAGCGAGAUGAGCCCGGACCUCCACCGCAAGGUCUCCGUGCAGUACUGUGACCUGUUGCACAAGAAGGCCCUCAAGAGCAAGAAGCUGCUGAAGGAGGGCGGCGGCGGAGAGCCGGGAGAAGCGUACGGCAUCGUGGCCCCCUUCGCCCGCCGGCCCAGCGUCCACAGCGACCUCAUGUACAUCCGAGAAAAGGCCAUCGGGGGUGGCCAGGCCAAAGACAAGGAGCGCUGCGUGAUCAGCUAGGAGCCACCGAUUAGCUUCUCCCCUGUAACUAAAGCGAAGAGGUUGUUUGUUGUUUUUUUUUGUUUAAAGAAAAAAAAAGACACUCUGGAAGCCCAGAGUGGCAUGGGCUCCGGGGUGGCAUCUUCCUCCCUGCCCAGGGGUUGCUUUCCACCUGCCCCUGCCAUGCUAUGGUGGGGGGGGA